AAAAAUUACCGAAAACAUUGCAGGGUCAUUUUCUUUUUCCUGCUAAUCACAGAAUUGCAUUGCUGCCACCGCCCAUUUGAAUUAUUGUUUCUUACUUUCAAAGAAAGUUUGAAUUUUUGAUGUAACUACUUCAUUGAUUUUUCAAAGUGGGAAUCUUGGCCCAUAUCGAGAUUUCCAACUUGUUUUCUUUCUCUUGGUUGUAUUUUCCCUAGUUUUUUGCCAUUAAAAUGCAGAAUUUAUCGUGUUUGAUAUAUGUUAGUAUACUUAUAGGCAUCAAUGUCAAUUUUAUGUGGCUUCCCUCUCCUUGAGUGUGUGUAUUGCCUGGCAUGUGCCCGGUGGGCAUGGAAGCGAUGUCUCCACACGGCUGGCCAUGACAGUGAAACUUGGGGGGUUGCAACUGCUGAAGAAUUUGAGCCUGUUCCUCGCCUAUGCCGCUAUAUCCUAGCUGUCUAUGAAGAUGAUCUUAGGCAUCCGCUUUGGGAGCCCCCUGGAGGAUAUGGAAUUAACCCAGAUUGGUUAUUGCUAAAAAAAACUUAUGAAGACACUCGAGGACGGGCGCCUCCCUAUACAUUAUAUCUUGAUCAUGUUCAUUCAGAUAUAGUGCUUGCCAUCAGGGGUCUUAAUUUGGCUAAGGAGAGUGACUAUCAAGUGCUUUUGGAUAAUAAGCUAGGGCAAAGGAAGUUUGAUGGUGGGUACGUCCAUAAUGGACUACUGAAGGCUGCUGGGUGGGUUUUGGAUGCAGAGUGUGAGAUUUUGAAGGAAUUGGUGGAGAAGUAUCCAAAAUAUACGUUGACUUUCACCGGACAUUCACUUGGAUCAGGUGUGGCAGCAAUGCUGGCGUUAGUGGUGGUGCAAAAUAGGGAUAAGUUGAGCAACAUUGAAAGAAAGAGGAUCAGGUGCUAUGCUAUUGCACCUGCCAGGUGUAUGUCACUGAAUUUGGCAGUCAGAUAUGCAGAUGUUAUCAAUUCUGUUGUACUUCAGGAUGACUUCUUGCCCAGAACAGCCACGCCUCUGGAAGACAUUUUCAAAUCACUUUUCUGCUUGCCAUGCAUACUAUGCCUAAGGUGCAUGAGGGAUACAUGUAUACCUGAAGAGAAAAUGCUUAAAGAUCCAAGGAGACUGUAUGCACCUGGUCGCUUGUAUCACAUUGUUGAGAGAAAGCCCUUCAGACUGGGAAGAUUUCCCCCUGUUGUAAGGACAGCAGUCCCAGUGGACGGGAGGUUUGAACACAUAGUUCUUUCUUGUAAUGCCACAUCUGAUCAUGCCAUCAUUUGGAUAGAAAAAGAAGCUCGAAGGGCUCUGGAUAUAAUGUUAGAGAAAGAUCAUGUCAUGGAAAUACCAGAGAAGCAAAAGAUGGAGAGGCAGGAGACUUUGCAUAAAGAACACACUCAAGAGUACAAGGCAGCUCUGCAGAGAGCUGUUACGCUGGCAGUGCCACAUGCUUUUGCGCCUUCUCAGUAUGGAACUUUCGAUGAAGAGGAAGGCGAUAGCUCACAUGGAUCCAGCGGCAAAACAUCUUUUUCAUCAUCUACAAAGAGCAAGCCAAAAGAAAAUUGGGAUGAAUUGAUCGAGCGUCUUUUUGAGAAGGAUGAAUCUGGUCACAUGAUAUUCAAAAAAUCUCAUAGGGAUGAUUGAUGACAUUAUUAUUUGAGAACUACAGAUAAAUUCAUUUGUUCGUUUGUACUUCAUGCCCAUUUAAUAAAUAAUGAUGCUUUUCUUUAUGGUGCA